AUGAGAAUAAUACUUCUAAUAUUACUCUCGUUACUUAUUAUUCUAUCAUCAUCAUUUGUAAUUCCUUCUUCAUCAAUAGAUGAUUUUAAACAAACUGGCACUUGUGGUGAUGGUAUUUGGGAUUCAUUUAGUGAAGAGUGUGAUGGAAGUGAUGGGUGUAAUAAUCAAUGUUAUUGUAAUAAUGGAUUUACUUCUAAUGGAAAAGGAAAUUGUAUUAUGCAAUGUAUGUAUGGAAGUGCAUGUAUUGGAGGAUGUAUAGCACCAGAUGUAUGUGUUUCAUGUUCUGAAUCAUCAGGUUUUAAUGAAGACUGUUCAAAUUGUAAAGAAAAUUAUGUUUAUAAUACUAUUGGACAAUGUGGUAAUUUAACAGAACGUAUUUGGGGAUGUAAAGAAUGGUUUGAAAUGCAAGGUACACCAAGUGCAUAUAGAAAUGUUACGAUGACAUCUGAACAUCAAACAAUAACUUUGGAUGCUCCUGGAAUGUAUUUUCCUAUGCAAAUCAAUAGAUGUACUCCUUAUGUUUCUCAAGAUAAACCUUAUGUAUUUGGUGCAUGGGUUGCUUUAAGAUCAACAGUAGGUGGAUGGAUUGUAGCAGAAACAGAUAAACAUUAUACCUCAGAAGAAAUUGAAUUUGCUGAGCAACAAAAGAAAGUUAUUGGAAAUGAUUUUGCUAUUAGUGAACAAAAGAAUUGUGCAUCUGGAAAUUCAGUUUCACAUCACAAUUAUUGUCUUGAUGCUAAUAAUGAUAUAAGUGCUUAUAUCCAUUCUCCUAGAAUGGUUGUUUAUGUAAAUAGUGAUGAAGUAAGAUAUCUUCAUAUUCAUUUACCAUAUGGUCAACGUAUUAGUAAUUGGUUUAAAAUGCUUUUUACAUCUAUUGCUCAUCCUUGUAGUACUUAUUAUAAACAACUAAAUUGGAAUGAACUUCAAUUACAAUAUACUUUUGAAUUAAAUUAUGAAUAUUCAGUUAAUUCAAAUUCUGUUUGUGUAUCAAAAAUUUUACGAGGACAAUGGUUUAAACUAAAAGGAUCAGAUGAUGUUCUUAUGAUAGAUACUUGUAAUAGUUCUUUAAAUUAUAGUGUUUCUAUUCAACUUAUUGAAGUAAAUCAAAAUGAGUCAUUAACAGAUUUUUCAUGUUCAUCAAACAAAGCAACAUGUUCUCGUUAUGUUGCUUCAAAUUGUGAAAAUUCUAAAUUAGCUCGAAUGGUUGCUCAAUUAGAACCUACAAAGAAUUAUUUUAUUUUUGUUUCAAUAGAUGAAAAUAAUAUUGGAAUUAUUAAUAUUACAUUUAAAACUGUUUGUCCAUUUGGAUGUGGAGAACAUGGAUUUUGUAAUAAUAAUGGUGUUUGUAUUUGUGAAGAUGGAUAUGUAGAUAAUGGUGGAUGUUCAUUAUGUGGGAAUGGUAAAAUUGAUGAUAGUGAAGAAUGUGAUUUAUCUGCUCAAGAAGAUAGUCAUUGUGCAACAACUUGUAAAUGUUAUUUUGGUUUUAUACCAAUCACUAUCAAUGGAACAACUAAAUGCUCUCCACCAACAUGUAAUAAUGGAGUUAUAGAUCAAAAUGAAGAAUGUGAUGGAGGAAAAGGAUGUGACCAUUGUUUCUGCCAAGAAGGAUAUAUUAAAUAUGAAAAAGCACGUGAAUAUUGUUUAUCAACUAAAUGUGGAAAUGGAAAAUUAGAAGAAGAAGAAGAGUGUGAUAGUGGAGAUGGAUGUUAUGAAUGUGAAUGUCAAGAAAAUUGGUAUAGCUAUAAUUCAAAGAAUUGUAAAGAUGAAAGUUAUGGACUUGUAAUAGCAGAUUUUAUUGGUAGAAUUUUAAUACCUUAUUGGAUAUUUUUAAUAUUGAUUGGAUGUAUUAGUGGUAUUGUUCAUUGGAAAGUUACUUCUAAUAUUAAAAAGGAAUUAAAAGAAAUGGAAGGAGCUUUACCUUUCUUUGAAACAACAAUUAUUCCAUUUAAUAAAGAAAACUCACAAUUUAUUGAUGUUAAGUCAGCAAAUCCAUAUUUUACAAUUGAUCCACCUUCAAUUGAUUUCCAAGAAGAAAGAGUUGAAGUAGGAGAAGUAUAUUCAUAUACUUUUACUAUUACAAAUAAUUGGAAAGAAGUUCUUCAUUAUACAUUCCAUGCAGGAGAAUACCUUAAAUAUGAUAUAACAUUUAAACCUGUUACUGGAUCAUUAAGGCAAUAUCAAAGUGUUGAUAUUCAAGCAAUGGUCUGUUUAAAAUGUACAACUGUUAUUAAUGAACGUGUUCCAGUUACUAUUAGAUUUGGUCAAUUAAAUUCAAUUUUAAAGAAUAUUAAAAAGGAAAAUCCAGAAAUGUUAGAUCAACUCUCUCAAAAUUCAUCUCAUGUCUCUGAAAAUUCUCAACAACCAGGAGAACCAAGAAGGUCUUUCUCUUCUUUAUCAAACAUAAGUAAUAAAUCAGGAGGGUCUGAUAAAAAUUCUUCACAUGAACAAUCUCAACAAUCUUCUAAAUCAUCAAAAAAACAUCGUACUGACAGAAUACGUAAAUUCCAUUUGUAUCUUCCUCUUCAAGCAGAAUCUACUUUAUCUACUAAAUUAGAUUAUGAAGAAAUUCAUUUACAUCAUCCUCCUAUUGGUUCAGGUACAUUUGGUAUUGUUUAUAGAGCAGAAUGGAGAGGAGUUGAUGUUGCAGUUAAAGUUAUGAAAACUGAUUUAUUUGAUUUAAAUGAUUUAUUACCUAAUUUCCUUCAAGAAGUUGAAUUAUUAGAAAAGAUUCGAUGUCCAUAUAUUAUUAAUUUCAUUGGAAGUGUAACAAGUUCAGACACUUUAGCAUUAGUAACUGAAUUUUGUCCAUUAGGUUCAUUAAGAAGAUAUAUUAAGACUAAUUCAAUGUCUGUUGAAUUAAAAUUAAGAUUUUGUCAUGACAUUGCAUCUGGUAUGGAUUAUCUUCAUCAAAACGAUAUCACUCAUCGUGAUUUAAAAACUGACAAUGUUUUAGUCUAUUCAAAAAAUCCUUUUGAUCCUGUUGUAUGUAAAGUCACCGAUUUUGGAACUUCACGUUCAUUUAUUGAAUCAUUAGGUAAAACAGGAAUUCAAAAUAUUGGUACUCCAAUGUAUAUGGCACCAGAACUAAAUACUGGAGAACAAGAUAUGACAUUAAAAUCAGAUGUUUUUUCAUUUGCUAUUUGUUGUACUGAAAUUUGGUUAGGUAGAGAUCCAUAUGAUCCAGAGAAAUUCCCAGAUUCAGAAUCAAUUUUAAAAUUUGUUGGAAGUGGUAAACGAAUAGAACUACCACAAGAUUGUUUGAUUAAAACUAUUAUUGAACAAUCAUGGAAACAUAACCCAAAAGACCGACCUCAUUUUGAUGAAGUUCUUCAUUUAAUUGAUGGAAUAAUAAAACAAAUGCACUUAAAUGUAUCUCCAUCUCAAAAUCAAUCAAGUGUUCAAAACUCAUUUGAUAAAAGAAAUUCUGUUGUUUUUAUCAAUACUGAACAAAGUAAAAGCAAUUCUUCUCAUGAUUCAUCUAACGAUCAAGAAAUAAUACUUUAA